AUGUGGACGCACGCCGCGCUCGUCGGGCGGCAGCUCGCGCUCGCGGCGUGGGACGAGGUCGCGCCGACGCACCAGGCGAUUCCGAAUGGAUUCAUCGAGAUAGAUCUGCACCAUGUGCUUACCAUCGCAUCGCAUAGAAGGGGGACGCACGACGUAGGAUGGACGGAGGCAGCGAAGCGCCCCGAGCAUGGAAUCAAGAUGGGAUUGUCCGUGUCGCGACUGUUGUCUGGCCUCUUUGGCAAGAAGGAAAUGCGCAUCCUGAUGGUUGGAUUGGAUGCCGCGGGUAAGACCACUAUCCUGUAUAAGCUCAAGCUCGGUGAAAUCGUUACUACCAUCCCGACGAUUGGUUUCAACGUCGAGACUGUCGAGUACAAGAACAUCUCGUUCACCGUGUGGGAUGUCGGUGGACAGGACAAGAUCCGUCCCCUGUGGCGCCACUACUUCCAGAACACCCAGGGUAUCAUCUUCGUGGUCGACUCGAACGACCGCGAGCGUAUCCCCGAGGCCCGCGAGGAGCUGCAGCGCAUGCUCAACGAGGACGAGCUCCGUGAUGCUCUCCUCCUGGUCUUUGCCAACAAGCAGGACCUGCCCAACGCCAUGAACGCUGCCGAGAUCACCGACAAGCUCGGUCUUCACAGCCUGCGUCAGCGCCAGUGCGGUGACGGUCUCUACGAGGGUCUCGAAUGGCUCAGCACCAACCUCAAGCGUCGCGCUUAA